AUGGAGCCUUGCAGCUUUUCGGAAGCUAUCAAUCAGCACUUCCUUUUGGACGAGUCAAGUAGGGAACAGAGCUGGUACUUGGACAAGGAAGUGAUACGCGGUUGGAAUUUGCAGACGUUCAAAGCGGAGUCCGACUUUGUAUAUUCCCACUCUGCAGGCGGCGUGAGGUACUUCAGAUAUAAGGAGGGCAGGGAAGACUAUGUUGGUUUGAGAGACGUUCUGGAACGGGGCACCGAGGACUGCCUGGUGAUUCCGCUGGGAAAGCUAGACGUGGAAACGGUCCCUAAGUAUUGCUCCCCCUCUCCCUAUGGCGACCUGCUCAACGAGUCAACUCAGGUGGACACCGGGGUGCGGCGCGCUCUUGAAGCGCGCUUCAAGGCACGUAAGGAAGAAGAGGACGAGAACCAAAGCUCAUUUGUUGAGAGAGUCCGGAACAGAAAGCCUUGCUUUGAAGCCUUGAUCCGCAUCGCUGUGGCAGCGAAGCUUUGCUUCAAUCAAGCAAUCAAAUUGGUCCCCUACAAGCUGAAUAUUAAUGGCCCCGGAGACUUCUUCCGGCCUCACGUGGACACCCCCGUCGACCCUGAGCUUUUCAUCGGGACGGUUGUCGUCUGCCUCCCGUCGCCAUUCACCGGGGGGGAGCUGAUCGUUACGCACGUGGAUGCUUCCCACACCUUCGACUUCGCAACUAAGUCCAACGACAAAGCCGUCUUCCAGUUUGCCGCGUUUUACGGGGACUGCCUUCACGAAAUAAAGCCGGUCACCAGCGGCCAUCGCAUCACGCUGACGUAUCACAUCAUGCGAAAGCGCCCCAACGUCACGUUUGAAAAUGAUGAUUCGGAGUUCAGCCCGGAAGAAGUGUUCCCUGUCGAAGCCGACGACAUUUGUCAAGAGCAGAUUUGCAACCAAUUUCAGGCCGAGCUGCGGAUCCUUUCGUCUCUUGGACUGCCGUACGUGGGCUUUCUUCUCCAGCAUGGUUACACCCAGGCGGGAAUCUCGGAAAAGGGUUUGAAAGGCAGUGACAGAUUAUUCUACGAGCUUCUCACCGCGGCUGGCUGGAAGUGCCACUUCGUCCCGGUACUCGUGGUCAGGAGAUGGAACAGAGGGACGAGGUUUUCUAGUGAAAGCGAUUUCAAGUGCACACUGGAAGUGCUGUCAUUUACCAAUGAUGACUACGACUUUCUGAGGGGAAGCUUGGAACCCGAGACACUAGAUGGUCUUCCGCUCAUGGAGCCCUGCGAAUUUGUGGAGUCAAUUGACGGGUAUCUAAACAUGGAGGAGGCUCUGAAAAGCGGGAAAAAGCGGAGACUUAGUCCAGCAGAGCAGUGGGAAAUCACUGAGUCCGAGGACGGCAAGGGAAGGACGUUGAGGAUGAAGGAGGACUGGAGAGAGUACGUCACAUUCAAAGAUGUCCUGAAGCAGGUUCGGGAGGGUCGGACCUAUCACGGGGAAACCCUUGAGUAACAAGCUGGGUUGGCUGUGCCACGUUGCAGAGGACUACGAUUUUGUCAAGUUUUUGGACUAUGGCGCUGAUGAGGUCGAAGCAAGCAUGAGAUGGGAUUAUGAGCAGUGCAAUAACCUGUGCAAAGGGCU